UUGUACAUGUACAACGUGUUAUGAUUAAAUGACACAACUAGUGCUUUCGUUAAGUCCUACGUUUGGUGUAAUUUAAAUAAAAUGUCUUCGGAGCUGUGGAUAAUUUCUCUUGUCGCUAGCGUUUGCAUGUUACAAGCCACCGCGGCAAAUAUCUCUCUCGGUACUUUACAGGACGUUUUGAGUGAAUUAAAGAAUCUUAGGACUUCUAAUGAACUUCGUGAUCAGAAAAUAGAAGAUUUAGAGCGUCAGGUUUUGGAAGAUCGACGUCAAUAUGAACACCAAUUUGCGAGACAAGCUGGCAGAAUCGCCGAGCUCGAGCUCCAACUAUCUGAAACUCAAAGGGCAGAUAAUCCAGAUCAGUCACCGAAAAAAAGUGAAGAGCAAAAUACAGCAUAUGGUUUGGGAGUUCCGUCAGAGAAGCGGAUAAGACAAAUCGGAUUUAGUCCUGGUGUUGCGUUUACGGCUUAUAUUUCGAAGAAUGUCUCAAACCUUGGACACGAGUUCAUCAUUCCAUUCGAUAGUGUCAUCCUCAACGCAGGUAAAGCUUUCAGCACCAAUACACAUCAGUUUACAUGCCCUGUGACUGGCGUGUACACAUUUCAGACAGCCUUGUUAUCGCAGUCUGAAGGUCUUUCAAUAACUGAAAUCGUUAAAGAGGGGAACCAACUUGUCCAAGCUCAUGCAGAGUCUAGAACCACUGGUCCCCGAACGUAUGACCAAGGAUUCAACUCUGUGGUAUCGAAAUGCAACAAGGGCGAACGUGUUUGGGUGCGAAACUUCCAACAUUUCGGCUCCGGUGUUUACAGCGAGAGAUAUACUACAUUCACCGGCUACCUGCUCUGGGAAGCUGAAGACGCAUAUCUCCUUGGUUAGCCACAUUUCACACGUGUAAAGCUGUACCUGUGAAGUUGUACUGAAAUAAAGUAUAUUUCAAUGUUC